AUGCUGGCCGUUACCCAUAAACCCCCUGCUAACUUCCAGGCCGAAAAGUUAUCGGAGGAACAGAUUGCUGAGUUCAAGGAGGCUUUCUCCUUGUUCGACAAGGACAGCGACGGAAAGAUCACUACCAAGGAGUUGGGCACGGUCAUGAGAUCGUUGGGCCAGAACCCUUCGGAAUCUGAAUUGACUGAUAUGAUCAACGAGGUGGAUAUCAACAGCGACGGUCUGAUUGAUUUCCCAGAAUUCUUGACCAUGAUGGCCAGAAAGAUGAAGGACACAGACUCAGAGGCUGAGAUCGCUGAGGCCUUCAAGGUUUUCGACAGAAACGGCGAUGGCAAGAUCAGCGCUGCCGAGUUGAGACACGUAUUGACUUCCAUUGGCGAGAAGUUGUCAGAUGCUGACGUGGACCAGAUGAUCAGAGAGGCCGAUACUAACAACGAUGGCGAGAUUGACAUCCAGGAGUUCACCCAGUUGUUGGCUGCCAAGUAG